AUGGGUAACAAGACUGUAAAACCUCAGGACAACAGUAGAUCAGUGGAUGCAGAAACCGUGAACGUCUACCUCGGUACAAAUCCAAGUAAUAUGGCUACUGUAUCGGAUCAAUUUGCCCCAUGUUUGCAUGCUCGGGCGAGACAAAGGCAAACAACCAAGAGACGUAAUAGAUAUGCACCCCACCCGGCAGUCAGUCAACAAAUACAGUCCAAUGUAUUUCCAGACCCCAUCAGAGAUAAAGCGUGCUGGAAUUACCCAGCGCAGCAACAACUCAACCCCAUUGUUCGAUGCUCAAAUGUUGUCCCACUAACCGCUCGCCAGAACAGAACCCCAACAGUACCGAGGCCCACUCAGAAGGGCACCAAUUCGAAUGCAAACUUGUGCACAAGCCAGUGCCCCAGAAACCCCACAAAUUCAUCCGCUAGACGUCAUUUGCGUUCAGAGAUGGGAACUCACCAAAGUGACGCAAAGCUGUUUCGCUUAACAGGCCUAGAUGAAGAACCAAUAAGAAAAGUCGAAUCCAGCAUGGCUUACCUGGGUUCGAGCUGCGACCAGACUACCUCGAAUAAAAAUUCCUUAGUGUACUCCGACGAAGGUAAAAAAUUCGGCACCCCAAACACACCCACAAUACUUGCACUGUCUCCAAGUUUAAGGCGACUCACCGAAUUACUGGAGGAAUUCAGCAGUCUAUUUCUUAUAAUUCCUGAUGACUUUCAAGGUCUUGGUGAUCAGCUGCUUGACGUCCGGGCAAUCACUAGUAGAAGCGUUGGUGAGCUUCAAACCACCGUCGAUCUGCUGCAAACAAACUUGGGCGCUGUCUCAAACAUUAUUCCACUACUGAAUCAACACUUGGUUACGGCGCAGGAAUUAUAUCACGCGUUGCACCGGCUUGAGGAGAGGAUGUCCACAUUUCACAGGCUGAUACAACAACUUUCUCAAUGGAGCAUUCGGCCAAAAUCCUUGAAGUCUUCCAAAUGA